UAGUUUGCAGUAUCGCACAUUUUCAAGAUUCAAGGCCGUGCAUACUUCCUCCUUUCUUUAACUACCAAACAAAAGGUGCAAUGCUGGAGCUGGUCAUUUUUUAUAUCACAGAUAUUUAAGCAGGUCAUUUUUUAUGGCAAAAGUUGGCAAAAAACACAUCUUGAAUAGAUAUAAAAUAGGAAUAGGUAAUGACGUGGAGAAUUAAAGCAGGAAAAAAUGUUUUAUUGAUUGGGGAAUGAAGGGGGAAUGGAUUCUUGGCUAGAAUUUCUUGCGAGUAGUUGGGGUAAGGAAUUUGUGGCUGGUGGAUUUGGAGGAAUAGCUGGUCUUGUUUCUGGUUAUCCACUCGACAGCAUUAGAGUUCGCCAGCAAAAUUCUAAGAGUGGCUCUGCUUUCAACGUUUUCCGGCAUGUAGUCGCCACGGAAGGUCUCUUGUCUCUCUACAGGGGCAUGGCUGCACCUCUAGCCUCCGUCACCUUUCAGAAUGCCAUGGUAUUUCAGAUCUAUGCAAUGCUAUCGCGAACAUUUGACAAAAAUAACCCAGCAAGCGACCCACCCUCAUAUAAAGGAGUAGCUUUGGGUGGCACUGCAGCAGGAGCAAUUCAGAGCCUAAUUAUCAGCCCUGUAGAAUUAGUGAAAAUCCAACUUCAAUUGCAAAGCAAAACCAAGCAAUGCAGCAAUCAAACAACUAGUCUCAAUGGUCCAAUUGAUGUCACAAGAAGAAUAUUCAGACAGGAAGGUUGGAUAGGAAUCUUUCGUGGACUGACCGUUACUGUUCUCAGAGAUGCACACUCUCACGGUCUAUAUUUCUGGGUAUACGAAUACACUAAGGAGAAACUUCACCCUGGUUGUCGCAAGAACGGUCAAGAGAGCUUCCAAACAAUGCUCGCAGCGGGUGGUCUUGCAGGAGCUGUUAGCUGGAUAAGCUGUUAUCCCUUAGAUGUUGUUAAGACAAGACUCCAAGCUCAAUCACAGUCUAAAUCUGCAAAAUAUCGCGGUAUUGUUGAUUGUUUCAGGCGAAGUGUGAGAGAAGAGGGACACGGUGUGCUCUGGCGAGGUGUGGGAAUUACAGUUGGCAGAGCAUUUCUAGUGAAUGGGGCUAUAUUCACUGCCUAUGAAACUGCCCUGAGGCUCCUUUGCAGUCACAAUGACAAUGAUCGAUGAACCAAACAGAAUUCUGCAUCAUGAACUUUGUACUGCUCACAUUACUUGGACAGUUUUGAAAAAACAUAUAGGAAGGUGGAUAUAUAUAUGAAUCCAAAUAUGCCGAAUCAUUCAGAUCUUCUACAUCUCCCAUUCCGUCAUCUGACUUAUGUUUCAUGUAACAUUCACAUCGAAUGACUUCCGGAUAGAAAAUAGGAUUGAUCAAGUUCUAUUGAAUUUGACUCGUAAGUGAUCAUUUAUCAUAAUGCAGACUAAUACAUUACUAUAAAACAGGACUAAUGAACUCUUUAAUGUGGUAAAAAAAAAAAAAUGCUAUCCAAAUGCAAGAAUUGACUGUAUUGAAUUUUGUCAUUUGUUGUCUCUAUAUUCAUCACUAACAAAUUGACCCGCGCGAAUUGAAAUUAAUCCCUACAUUUAGCUUAAAUAAUUUUUUCAAUAAAGAAAAUGCAUAAUACAAUCCUACUAUGCAUGAAAAUUGAACUAAGCGGUAAUAAGCAUAAGCCUUAGAUUAACAGAAAGGAGAGAACUACACAAAAAGCUAGCAACAAAAGAGAAAUAAGCACAAAAAAAUUUAUGUACACUUUUGUUUGAUAAACACUUCCAAUUGAGACGAACAUGUAACAAUGAAAAUUAAAUCUAUUUUCCAAUAAGCUGUAAUACUACAACAAUAUUAAAUACAUAUCUUUCUUCAUUCUCCUUAAAUCUUCCAUUGAUCUUCUUAUCUCUACCAUCCUUCAAAAUACAUUCAAUCAUUUCUCAUUCACUUUCAUCUUCUAAGAUUUCGUGCCCAUAAGCAUAAGAAAAUGAAAUUCAGAAAAAAGAAUGAAACCUAAGCACCAAUAUUCAAAUCAAUUGAAUGGAAAAAAUGAAAAAAAAAAACUACUAAGGAAUACAUAUAUGUGUGGAGAUUUCAACGUUUCUUUUGAACUAUUGUUAUACCCCAUUUAAAUCGGGUCCAAAUUAGGAGUACAACAUAUUGGAGAUUCCUAUUUGCUUAUUUUUAAGGA